UUUGAGCACCAGGGCCUCAGCAGCUGGGGAUCUUGCUGGGAGUUUAGCACAGCAAGCCUAUAAAGGUCACUCCCUGCCUACCUUUGCAGGAUCAGUGUUAGCAUUACCCUGCAAGGACUCUGCCUCGUCCUUCUUGCUGCCUCCAGGUGGCGUGAGUGAAGCUGUGGGAGGAGUAGAUCAUGCCCCACUGUGAUACUGGGUCAUGGCCCUGGCCAAUCAGACUCAUUUCUGGCCUCCCAUGUUCCUACUGCAAGGCAUCCCAGGACUAGAAGCGUAUCACAUGUGGCUGUCUGUGCCAGUGUGUACCAUCUACGUGGUGAUUAUUGUUGGAAACUGCACUAUCCUCCUGGUGGUGUCCACAGAGCCAGCCCUCCACCAGCCCAUGUGCUACUUCCUCUGCAUGCUGGCUGGGAUUGAUCUGGCCACCUCCAGCUCUGCCUUGCCCAAGGUGCUCUGCAUCUUCUGGUUCCAGGGUGGGGAGAUCCAAGCCAGCGCCUGCCUGACCCAGAUGUUCUUCAUCCACGCCUUGUGCAUGAUGGAGUCGGCGGUGCUGUUGGCCAUGGCACUGGACCGUUACGUGGCCAUCUGCUUCCCAUUCAGGUACAGCUCAGUCUUCAGGAGCUCGCUCGUGGCCAAGAUGGGCGUGGCUGGUGUUGUCAGGGGAACGCUGCUGAUGGCGCCUUGUCCUCUCCUGAUUCGGAGGCUGUCCUACUGUCGGACUAAUGUCAUUCAUCACACAUACUGCGAGCACAUGGCUGUGGUGAAGCUGGCCUGUGGGGACACCAGCAUCAGCCGUGCCUAUGGGCUGAGCGUAGCUCUGGUUGUCAUCGGAGGGGACCUCCUAUGCAUCGGCCUCUCCUACUUCUUCAUUCUCCGUGCAGUGCUGCGCCUCUCUUCCCAUGAGGCGAGGCUCAAGGCCUUUGGCACCUGUGGCUCCCACAUCUGUGUCAUCUUGAUCUCUUACAGCCCUGCCCUCUUCUCCUUCUUCACUCACCGCUUUGGCCAUCACGUGGCUCCCCAUAUCCACAUCCUACUGGCCAACCUCUACCUCCUCUUUCCCCCCAUGCUGAACCCCAUUGUGUAUGGAGUGAGGACCAAGGAAAUCCGGGAACAGGUUGCCAGGGUGCUCCUGCCCAGCAGGGUCACUGUCAAAUCCAGGCCUAGGUGAGUCUGUAUCCCCCCAAACACCAGCCCUCUUGUACCCUUUUUUUCCCUUGCCUGCUCUGAAAUAAAAGCUUUGAAACUUCCUUGUGUGUUUU